CAAUUGUUUGACAACGUUCUACAUCCUCCGCCAGAGUAACGAUGGUGGGGGGAACAAGAAGGCCAGAGCCACGGCGGUUGUCCAAGGCUGAGAAGGGCAAAGGAAAGGCCACGGCAAUCGAGGUCCCAGACUCGCCCAUCAUGAUCCAAGACUCGUCCGACGAGGAAGAGGAAGACGAGUUUGAAGAGGUCGCUAUCCCUUCCCACGUUGGCUCAUCGUCCAUGGCUGGCACGCCGCUGUCCGCGUCGACACCCAACAACUAUGACGUCGAGUCGGCGAACGAAGCUUCGCUCGCGGAUGUUGACAUUGGGCACGGAUACUUGGACGACGAUGAUGAAGAACCAGAGGAGGAACGGGUCAUCCAGGUCGUGAUCGGAGGAGAGACUGAAGAGCAGAAGGCCAAACGGAUAGCCUUGGCUCUGCGCAAGAAGCCAUUGACUGCCAAGGACCGAGCCAUCCGCCUUCAGAUCCACAAGCUUCACGUUGUCACCUUGCUGGCCUCUGCAAAAAUCCGUAAUCAGUGGGCUUCCAACGCGUUGCUGAAGGCCCGCCUCCUGUCUCUACUUCCCCACCCCUUGCAGGCGGCGUUCGUCAUCCCUCCCAAGCGGUUUCCAGAUCGUGCCCAGCGCUCCCGGCUCUUCCUCGACGCCCUUCAGUCCCUCGUGACAUGGUGGUCACAGGUGUUCUUCGACGUCUCAGACCCGGCGCUGGGAAUGCAGACGCGGACAUGGGACUUUGUUCAGGAGAUUGUCGACCGGUUACCUCGCUUACAAAAGGCCGACUUCCAAAGUGGUUCGUUACUUAGCAGCCGCCCCAAGAAGAAGAGCAGCAGCCCCAAGAAGGCCAAAGGGAAAGGAAAGGAGAAGGCCGGCGACGACGACAUCAUGGACCUGCUCGAGGACGAGAUUCCAGACGAGCGGCUGCGGUCUGUCAACAGCGUCAUGAAGAAGGCCCUUCAGCAAGAGGGUUCACGAGACAUGUCGGCUCUCCUGUUCGUCUCCCUUGCGCGUGCCUGUGGACUUGGUGCACGUCUCGUGGUCAGUCUCCAGCCAGUGCCAUGGCGUGCGGAGAAGGCUCCGCCGAAGAAGAAGCCUCGGGCGGGAGCUGGCAGCGGCGCGAAAGGGCUUCACAGUCGACAGGGAAUGGGGCCUGAUCCCGAGAGCGAAGAUGAGGACGAGUUCGAGGAAGUGCCAAUACCUGGGGUGGACGACAAGCCGGGGAAGCUGCCGAAGAAGAAUCGGGUGCGAGGCGCUGGCCACCGGUUGAAGGAUCCAGCAGAUGUCUUUCGACUGAGGCAGCCAAGGCCGGCACCACAGCGCCUGGGUUCCAAGCCCAAGCCAAAACCAAAGCCUACAGACCUCAGCGCAUAUCCGCCUGUCUUCUGGGCCGAGGUGUUCAGCCGUUCAGACCAGCGGUGGAUCCCUGUCGACCCCUUAUCUGGCGUCAUCAGAAAGAAGGCGCCAUUCGAGCCCUCGAACGACAACGGACCUGUGCGCAUGAUCUACGUCGUUGGGUUUGAAGAGGAUGGAUAUGCUCGUGACGUGACGCUCCGCUACGCGAAGAACUUUGGUGCCAAGACGUCGAAGCUUCGCCCUCCCCCUCAGAAGGACGGUACGGAUUGGUGGGCACAGUUCAGUUCCCACCUCCAGCGGCCCGUUAGGUUGAAUCGGGAUGAUCUCGAAGACGCCGAGCUGGAGAUGAGUCAGGUGUCUGAAGGCAUGCCGUUGCACAUGACUGGCUUCAAGGACCAUCCAAUCUAUGUCCUCGAGCGUCAUCUGAAACGCGAAGAGGUCAUUCUUCCAAAAAGAGAGAUAGGAAGAUUCAAGGGCGAACCAGUCUACAGACGCAAGAAUGUUCUUGCGUGUCGAACCGCAGACAACUGGAUGCGCAUCGGCCGCACUGUCAAGAUCGGGCAGGACCCACUCAAAUGGGUCAAGCAGCGCGCUGUUACAAUCCAGAAGCGCCGUGCCCAGGAGCUCGCCAUGCAAGAGCAAGGUGAGCCUGUUCAGCAGGGCCUUUACGCCGAGUACCAGACGGAGCUGUAUUACCCGCCUCCCAUCAAGGAUGGCAUCAUGCCUCAGAACGCGUUCGGCAAUAUCGACCUCUACGUGCCUACCAUGCUCCCAGCCGGCGCUGCCCACCUGCCGUUCAAGGGAAUUGCAAAGGUCGCCAAGCAGAUGGGCGUCAGCUACGCGGAAGCUGUUACUUCCUUCGAGUUCAAGAGUCAAAGGGCUGUCCCUGUUAUCACUGGAAUCGUUGUCGCGGAGGAGAAGGAAGCCGCGGUCCUGGACGCAUACUACAAGUCCACUGCUGCUGCGGACGAGCGAGCGAAGAUUCGAAAGGAAGAACUUGCGCUCAAGCGAUGGGCAAAGCUUGUCAAUGGUCUGCGUGUGCGAAUCCGACUGCGGGCUGAGUAUGGUACUGGCGAGGAGCUGCAUAAUCAGCAACACAACCCGAUGGGGGAUGCCCAGCCGUCGCGAAAUGGACCUGACAAGAAGACGGCCGCUUCGAUCAUUGCGCUUUCGAACAAUCAAAACACGGAGGCGUGGGUUGAUCGCUUCAAAGCGCGGACUCCCAGCCCGGAGCCAGACGAGGAGGCCGAGCCUGUGCCGGAGCCAGUCGAGGAGCCUCCAGCUCCUCCCACUCGAGCGUCACGCCGGAACGGCACCACCACCGCGGCCCCAAUCAAGAUCAAGUUGAAUGUUCCCCUUGCUGCUCUCCCUAAGGCUACCCCUAAAGCCGCUGCCAAGUCGACAGCAAAGGCAAAGGCCAGCGGGAGACCCAAGAGGGCGAGUAGAGGGAAGCGGGCGAGGGACGACGACGACAGCGAAGCCCAGUCAUCUGAAGGCUCUGACGCUACGCCUCGCCGUGUACCUGCACCUGCGCCGGCCGCAUCCACACGCAGCCUCAGGAGCCGCGCCCCAAAGUCUGAGCAACAGCAGCGAGAUGAGGCAGAGAGGAGAGCGGCUGUGCGUGCGGCACUCGCCAGUGACGAAGAGGAGUACUAG